AUGCUGGAAUAUUUGACCGAUAUGGAUGAAAGUGUGGCUGAAGGUAUUUAUACCGCUCUCCAGACCUGCCCUCCUGAUCCCGAAGCAUCAUUGGCUUUGGGAGAUCUCCCGACUUCUCCAUCAAUAUCUUAUCUGCAUGUAAACGAUCUGGGGCUUACACCUCCCCCUGGGUCUCAAAUGCAGCAAUCUACCGAUGCUAUUCGGAUAUCUUCACCGGAUGAAAACCACGACCCUUCUGCUAGGGCCCCAGCGAGACCUGAUUGCCCCGGAAGGCAGGAUGGAUUAAACCAGUCGAAGGGCCUUGAUACCGAUAUCCAGACCAAGAAGCACCUCCAACAGGAAGGAUAUUUCUUAGAAACCACCGAUACCACUGGCUCUAGUCGUACCAGUCCGUUUGUCGAAAGGUUGCCGACUACAAAUGACAAAAAGUUAUCGACAGAUGGUAGGGAUAGCUCGACGGAGCAAGGCCUGAAUGUCGAGCCUGAUGACAGCUCGAAUGAUGUGACCAAAGCAUUCUUUUACGAUCCUCUUUUCGAUUCUGAUUCUGUUCUUCGAGAAAUUGAUGUUGCUUUUAAGUCCCAGAAACGGACAAGUAGUGAAGCAUUUCCAGAAGGUUUUUAUUUUUCAGGAUCGGCAAAGAAGCAACAUGCUGAAGCAACACAAGAACAAUGUACCACCCCAAAUGAAACGCCUUCUUUGUCUUCUGCGGACUCGGUUGUUCGACUUGGCCAAGGAGACAGUGCUCCUCAUACCCCGGCAGAGACCGACAGAGCGAAGUCUCUCGACCCUUUUUUUACCUCAUUGGAUACACUGUUCGAGGACUCAACUUUUGGCAUUCCGUUGGAGAUGCCAGCAGACAGUUUCCCUUUUGAUUUGGGCGCUGUGUCGCCUGUUGCUGAGCCCACCAACGAAGAUAAUUUGAGCAUGAAUCAAGCUGGUAGCCCCGGACACUGCGAACAAGCCCCAGAACCAGUGGUCAAUGAAGGAGACCUUAGCCCAUCACAACCUUCGCUCAGCGAGAUGACUAAGCGACGAUUCUCACUCGAUUCUCAGGAUAUAAUUGCCAAUACAAGUCGAGAAGUUUUUCGGCGAGUAUACCAGGAACCGGAAUAUACAUCUCCUUAUCCAGCGUAUGGAGGUCGACUGGGAUACCUUCCGUCAGCUCCAGGCGUCCAUGUCCGAUACAUAGAGGUUGCGGAAAAUCGGAUGAACUAUCGUCUCUCCAGUUUAAGGGACAGGGUUCAGCAGCUCACACGGGAAAGGAACAAAUACCGAAAUGAAUGGGUUCAGUGGGCGACGGUCGAUCCAGCGACCGGAAAGACGAAAGAACAGCUGUUGCGCGAGGAGAACGUUACGCUCCGGCGAGUUUCUUCCCAUCACCAGAAUCGGGUCGAGCAAUAUAAGCAAGAGAUUGAGCAGUGGAAAAAUAGGCUUAGCGAGCUGGGGACGGUCUACAACAAUCUCUUGUACGAAAUCCACGUCCAACGAAAGAUGCCCGCCGUUAGCCCCAUUCCUCCUGGAUACAAGCCACAAUCCUUCGUACAAGGGCCGGCCGGUACUACAUGGUCGACACCCGUGCCACCGCCUCUUACGCCACUUGCCUCUUCGACACCCGCACACGACCAGGCUGUCGGAUCAAGCAGUCGUUCCAUGCCAGCUCAGGAUUCUCCGGCGGCUGACGCCCAAGCUGCUCACGAGAACCGACAGCCUCGUACUACAACCCCAUUGACCACGCGUUCAACACCUAUGGUGACCCAGUCUGAACCAGUUACGAUCGAUCUCACGGUGGACACCACUGAGACACCGCCUGUCCCCACAGAAGCUUCGUCGGAACAGACGCAACAACAAAUGGAGAUGCUCCAAUCACUGCGAAACAAAAAAUACAAUUGGCUCAAUGAUACUGGAUCGAACGUGCACUGGCGCCCACAACUUCAGGAUGGAGCAGCACCCAUGGCCCGACGGGACCAUGACCACCCACACCGUACAUCCGUGGAUGAGAAUGACGGUGACUUCAGCGAUGAUGAUUUGGCGCGUGCGAUGGAAGCGGAACUAGAACGGAGUCAAGACUGA